UUUAAAAAUAUUCUACAGCUGACUGUCGACGCAGGACAAAGUUUUUUGGAUUUCGUGAAUAAUAAGAAAAUGGUGGUGUAAAAUCUCAAAAUGGCAAAUAAGGCUAACCCGUUACCAUAUAUCCAGAAAAGGGAAUAUGGAAUAGUGACCGAUCUUAAGGCUACGUUGUUUGAAAACAGAUUGAGUGCAGCGAAGAACCUGUAUCGGAAGGAUUUAAAGUGCCAUUUUGGAUGUGUAAAUGCUAUCGAGUUUUCCAGUAAUGGCGAAUUACUUGUAUCGGGUGGUGAUGACAGGAGGGUAAUGCUAUGGCAAUUUGGGCAGGCCAUUGUGGAUCGAGGCCAGCCUGAGGCCAUGAAGUCCAUCCAUCAAUCUAACAUCUUUUGUCUUGGUAUAACUGAUGAUUCAAAGAAGAUUUACUCUGGAGGCAAUGAUGAUAUGGUAAUUGCACAUGACGUGGAGAGCAAGCGUCCCGUAGAAGUGUUAAACCACCAGCGUGCCGUAUGCUGCCUCAGUAUCGACCCAUACAAUGACCGUGUGGUCUCCACGGCAGGCAACGAUGGCAGACUUCUGCUCUUUGACACUAGGCAGUCUGUUCAUGAGUCAUUGGUGAUAUCGCGCAGCAGGAAAGCCUUCCACGGAGUAAUGUUCCACCCUACGCAGAAAGAGAUACUUGUGUCGGCAAACGCUCGAGAUGGCGUGGCACUAUGGGAUCUCAAGUCGCCGAAACGCCCGUUGAUCCGCUAUUCCGGCAACAACAACAGCCCUUACCAGAACAGCAUGUCGGUCCGCUUCAAUAAAGCCGGCACGCACGUGCUAGCACUACGGCGGCGGCUGCCACCAGUGCUGUACGCUUUGUACGAGCAAGAGCCUCGUGCAGAGUUUUUUCACCAGGACUACUACAACUCCUGCACAAUGAAGAGCUGCAGCUUCGCAGGCGAGGGUGACAAAUAUGUGCUAUCCGGGUCCGAUGAUUUUAACCUUUACAUGUGGAAAGUUCCUGAACCUGGGUGUGAAGAUGUGAUGGUGGAGAAUCCGCAUAUAGUGCUGUAUGGGCAUCGCUCGAUCGUGAAUCAAGUGCGGUACAACCCUCAGUACUCUCUCAUCGCCUCGUCCGGAGUGGAGAAAAUCAUCAAGCUGUGGUCGACAAUGGAGUACCCUGAAAUGCGCGGCGAUUUACUGCAGGGCGCCACAGGCUCGGACAACCCGCGAGAGAUCUACGGCCAAGAUGACUACGUGACGCUCAUGCACCACAAUGGACAGUAUAUACCACACAACUACGCGGACCAAUCAACGAGCGAAGACCCCCGAAUGAUGGCGUUCUUCGAUUCGCUAGUGCAACGCGAGCUUGAGUGUCUCGGCGAGAGUUCCGAGUCUUCGGAUGCGGCUCACCACUCGGAUUCCUGUGAGGACGAGGCGCAUAUGCUUGCGGACUUCAUGCCUCUCGUGUUGCCGCCUAAGAUACGAAUUGGCAACAGCGCGAACCGCAGUCAAAGAGGUCCAAACAGGCUGGCGCGGUUGGUAGCGUCCCGCUACCCAAAGAACUCCCGGGAAGCACAGAAGAGAGGCGCAGUCAGACGCAGCAAGCACUUGGACCGUCGGGCGUUGCUCAGCAAAUUCAAGAUGUUGCCAACCCGCGUCAGCGCCAAGGGCAAACAGAGGUCAAGCGGGUCUUCGCGACGCGCCCCGAGAGGCCUAGAGAACGGUCCUCGCUCGCGCGCUUUGCGCUGCGCCCGCGCCGGGCCGGCGGCGGCGGCGGCGGCGCGCCGCGACCCGCCAUCUAGUGAGCACGAUGAGGACGAGCCGCGCCCGCUCUACCGCACCGAUGGACGGAAUCUCCGGCCGCUACGCAGAAGAAUGAACCUGUCCAGAGCAUCGAAAAGGAAAACUAAAGCUACAAAUACCAGUUUCAGAAAAUCUGUUAUGAAUUUAAGAAGUAGUGGAUUCACUCACGAGAGCGAUAACGGCAUUCCACUUUCAAGUAGAGCUGACUAUCUGGAUGGCCUCGACUCGAUGACUUUACCUAGCACAAGUACAGGCUACAGAGGCGAAAGCACACCGGCAAUGUUCAGGGUAGCGGCCGACUCCGACGACCAAUCGGGCAGCGGCUCCUCAUCCCCCGGCAGCAUCUGCGACGGGCCCCCCUCGCAGCGCAUACAGAACUUCCACCUCGCCCUCGACUUCACCACCCCCGGACCGUACAACAUGGGAAACUACCAGAGGAUGGAGGAAUACAUGGCGCAGUACAACGAGGACGAGACCCGCGACUCGCUCAUAGUCGAGCCCCCCGAGUCGGACUCCACCCCCCCGCCCUCCGAAACCAGGCACAGGACCCGAAAAGGCAGGCGGACCGGACGUAGCUUGAAAAGGACAGAUUCCAGCGAGUCGCCCCCGCCAAAAGACCAGGCGGUCCCCGAGUACAACAACAGGACUAUAGCGCGGCUGAUGAACGAGACGAACGAGAGUGAGUUAGAGAGCAGCUGCAGUACCGAAGGCAGCAUGUGGCCGGCGCCGGGCUCGCUGGGGACGCCGGACAGCGGCGUGGGCACGGCGGCGGGCAGCAGCUCGCGGCGCUCGCAGCCCCCGCCCGGCGACGUCUCCGACGACCAAGACUGGCAGGCGCUCAAGCUCCGGCAGCGAGUCAAAAAGGCCCGCCGCAACUAUAGAAACCAUAUGGAGUCUGAUUCUAAUUAAUAUAAAUGUUAUAAGAUUUUAUUAGGAGCCCGGAAGAGAAAUGGUGUUGGCCCAUGGAAAGUUUAGGGAUUUUGGAGAAGAAGUCAAUAAACGCCCGUUUCCUGAUUAGGGCGUAAGUACUUUAAAAGCUAUUGGGAUAUUAUUACUUUGAUUAAAAUUUUGAAUGAAUGAUGGAAAAAGAGAUAAAAUUGGUUUUCAGUCAUACAUAACUAAGCAUGAUCUCUUUACUAUUAUUGAAAUGUUUGCGACUACGUACGUAUAUUUUCUUUUCUAAACAGACUGAAUAAG